AUGGAGCAAAAUGUUCCAGCUUGGAAAAGGAUUGGGUUAAAAGUGAAGGACGAAAUAGAAUAUGAUCCUCUCUCAGUCGUCGGCCAUCUAGACGGUGCCAAUAUUACAAAUAAACAGGCAAAGAAAAUCAAUAAGGAGAAAAGAAAGCGAGCUGAUGUGGGCCAGGAAAGUGCCAAGCGUCCCCCUAAGCGGAUUAAGCUACCAAAAGGUGAAAGGCCUGCUCCACCUGAAAGGGAUCAACUUGCAUAUUUAAGACAAUACGAUGAAGAUACAGAAGGUUGGAAAUUUAGUAAACAAAAACAAAAUUGGAUCUUGAAAAACAUUGAAAAUAUCCCUAGCGAAUAUGAAGACGCAUUGAAAAAGUAUCUAGAGGGAUUACAAGGCGCUUCUAGAGAGAGGUUAGUGGUUCAAUUAAAGACGGUGAUUGACAAAUGGAAUGAUAUCAUGCGAAAGACUGAAGCUAGUAUUGAAAAGGAGCUUGAAGGCUCAGAAAAUAGUGAAGAUAAAAGAGAGUUACUUGAGAAGACAUCUGAUCCCAAAUUGACUGAAAAUACAGAGGAAAAGCCAACUUACGAUUACGUUUUACGAUGCAGGCUCCUUAUCACUGCCCUUCUUGACAAAAAAUUUGAGCUCAUUGGAAUAGAUUCACUAAGCGAGGACAAAUCUUCUGAUACCGAGACUCUGAUUCCAGAACUUGAGCCCCAUUCAACAUCAUUAAACGACGCAGCUACUGUUGAGGAUUUAAGAGAUAAUUUGAUCAUUGAAGAAGCUGAAGUUGAAAAUAUGACAUCCUCAGAUGAAGAAACGCAAAAUAAGACACUCGAGAUUAUUGCUACAGAUGAUGCGGAAGCUGUUCCUGGUGAAUUGACGAGGAAAGAUAAAAAGAGGAAGAGAGAGAAGAAAGAAAAAAAAGAAAAGAAGAAGAAGAAGAAGCAAAAAGGAAAAGAAAAAAAAGGAGGAUAA